GGGUUCUGACAAAAAUUCGAGUAAAAGGGCGUAUAAAAUGCACAAACGGCAUAACUCGGGGACUCUCGGGUUGGCCUCGGAGAUGCUUCCAAGAAUAAUAAGUGUUCGAGGCGCAAGGGUAUCGAGGGAAUAUAACCGAGUCGCUUAGCCGUCCCAUUACAUACAGAGAUGUCUGCGCCCUGAGAAAAACGGACUGACGGACAGACAGACGUCUCUGUCAAGUUUUUGUGAUUCCCGACGAAAUGGUUAUUGUAAAUAUCGGGAACUCUCCGGAGCGUGUUCUCUAGCUAGUGCGCGUUAUUCUGUCGGGUGCGUGAUACCUUGUACCAGUGUAUUGAGAUGUUUUCGUCGCCGGCGUCAGUGGUGGGCGAGCCGUCAGGCUACGACUUUCAGAAAGAGGAGAACGCCGCCAAGUGGAAGGGAGUGUUUGUCAACUCUCUGCGCAAGGUAUUGCAACAAGUACACCCUAGUCUUGAAGCACGACAAGAUGCUUUAGACUAUGUCGAGAGUUUGAUCUUAAGGUUGUUGGGUAUGCUGUGCGGUCAUCCUCCUCCACAUACACCACAAGAUGUUGAAGAAAGAGUCGGACGCACAUUUCCCACUCCCAUUGACAAAUGGGCACUUCGUGAUGCAAGAGAUGCUUUGGAAAAGGGAAAAAAGAAAUCACCACUAGUUCUUCCAGUUGACAAAAUUCAUCAGCUAUUACAAAAGGAAGUAUUACAGCAGAAAAUUGAUUUACAAGUUAGUCUUUUCGUGGUAGGAGUAUUGGAAUAUAUCUCUGCAGAUAUUUUGAAGCUAGCUGGAAACUAUGUCAAGAAUAUACGCCAUGUGGAAAUAUCUUGCGAAGACAUAAGAGUUGCAAUGUGCGCAGAUAUGGUAUUAAUGGACUUGUUUUAUCAAGAUGAUUAUGCGGAGGGUCCACAAAGUGGCUUAGGCGCGGUUGUUUCCCAAACUUAUGAAGAAUCUGUCCGGGAUCUCAUACACGAUGAACGUCACUAUUUGCGAGAUCUCCAUAUGAUCAUUAAGGUAUUUCGUGAAGAAAUUGCAAAGCUAACACAAGAUAGAACUGAACUUGAAACACUCUUCAGUAAUAUAAUGGAUAUUUAUGAAGUUACUGUAACAUUACUUGGUAGUUUAGAAGACAUAAUGGAAAUUACAGAAGAAAAACAAACGCCUACAGUUGGCUCCUGUUUUGAAGAACUGGCCGAAGCAGCAGAAUUUGAUGUUUAUAUAAAGUAUGCAAAAGACAUUAAUAGUCCAGCUAGUCGAGAAGUUUUAACAAAUUUAUUGUCGAGACCUGAAGCUAAUGCUGCACUACGAGCAGCGGGGCAUGGAUUUAAAGAAGCUGUCAAAUAUUAUUUGCCAAAACUUUUAUUACAACCAAUAUGGCAUUGUUUUUUGUACUUUGACUACAUAAAGGUAUUACACAAACGUACACCAAACUUAGAAGAUGGUGAAACUUUGGAACAAUUACCAGGUCUUUUAAGACCACUACAGAUGGAAUUAUUAAAAUCUAUGGCGAGUCUUCCAAAAAAAGAUACAGGUCUGCGAAUGCAGAGUAGAGCAAGGCGACAAGCAGCGUUAGAGAAAACUAGCGAAUUACAAAAAACUGUUGAUGGGUGGGAUCAACGGGAUGUUGGACAAUGUUGCAACGAAUUUAUACGUGAGGAUAUGCUAGGAAAAGUAAGUAACGGAAGAAGAUUAACAGAACGAAAGGCCUUUCUUUUCGAUGGUUUACUAGUCCUUUGUAAACCCAGUGGCGGCAAAAGAGUUAGUGUUACCGUGGCAGCAGUCGGUGUGGUGGGUCAUCCACCUCACCAAGGUGAACUGCGUUUAAAGGAAAGAUUUUUUAUUAGAAAAGUUGAUAUUAUAGAUAAGGAGGAUACCGAAGAAUUAAAAAAUGCCUUUGAAAUUGCACCAAGGGACCACCCUAAUGUUAUUCUUGUUGCCAAAUCCGUCGAAGACAAAAAUAGUUGGAUGGCGGAUCUUGUAAUGUUGAACACAAAGAGUAUGUUAGAAAGAACGUUGGACAGUAUUCUUUUGGACGAAGAACGAAAACAUCCCUUAAGAUUGCCUCCACCACAUUUAUAUAAAUUUGCCGAACAGGAUGGCCCUGAAAAUAUUGUUUUGGGGGCCCGCGAAAACGGUGGUGUUCCAUUACUUAAGGGUGCAACUUUGGUUAAAUUGGUAGAAAGAUUAACUUAUCACAUAUACGCUGACCCAGCUUUUGUACGAACAUUCCUUACUACUUAUAGGAGUUUUUGCUCACCUCAGGAACUAUUGACUUUAUUAAUUGAAAGAUUUGACAUACCAGAUCCUUCGUUAGUUUAUGGUGAAGAGGAAAAACCGUCUGGUUGUAAAACAACCGCCAGAGAAGAUUGGAAGAGAUAUAGAAAAGAGUUUUGUCAACCAGUGCAAUUCAGAGUUUUAAAUGUUUUGAGACAUUGGGUCGAUCACCAUUUUUAUGAUUUCGAACGCGACAGGAAUCUUUUGGAAAGGUUACAAGUAUUUCUAGAUACAGUAAGCGGAAAGUCUAUGAGAAAAUGGGUCGAUUCAGUAAUAAAAAUUGUACAGAGAAAGUGUGAACCCUCAGAACAACGACCUAAAACGUUUAGCUUCGAACGAUCUCCACCAUCUAUCGAGUGGCAUCUAAAAGUUCCUGAAGAAGAAUGGGGAAUAUUAACGUUACAUCCGAUUGAAUUAGCAAGACAGUUAACACUCUUAGAGUUUGAAUUGUAUAGAACUGUAAAGCCUUCAGAAUUAGUAGGUACUGUAUGGACGAAGAAAGAUAAAGAAAAGACAUCUCCGAAUCUACUAAAAAUGAUAAAACACACGACAAAUUUUACUCGGUGGCUUGAAAAAACUAUAGUAGAAGCUGAAAAUUUAGAAGAGCGAGCAGCAAUUGUAUCGCGUGCAGUCGAAAUUAUGAUGGUGCUUCAAGAUCUUAAUAAUUUUAAUGGUGUAUUAGCAAUUGUUAGUGCUAUGGGAUCUGCAUCUGUAUUUAGGUUAAAAUUCACAUUUCAACAAAUACCUGCACGAUUGGAAAAGGCCCUCGAAGAAGCACGAGAAUUGAAUAACGGUCAUUUCCGAAGAUAUCAAGAAAAACUACGAUCUAUUAAUCCACCUUGUGUACCAUUUUUUGGUAUGUACUUGACCAACAUUCUACACACCGAAGAAGGAAAUCCGGAUUAUUUGCCGGGAAGUCCAGAGCUCAUAAAUUUUAGUAAACGGAGGAAAGUGGCAGAAAUAACUGGUGAAAUUCAACAGUACCAAAAUCAACCGUAUUGUCUUUCAGUGGAGCCCAGAAUAAGACAUUUCAUCGAGAACUUAUCGCCCUUCGAUCCUAAUAUGAAAGAUGCAGAUAUAAGCAAUUAUUUAUAUAAUAAAAGCUUAGAAGUAGAACCGAGGGGAUGUAGGCAGCCACCUAGAGUUCCCCGUAAAUGGCCAGAUUUAAACUUAAAAUCGCCGGGCAUUAAAGCUAGAAGCUUAAGCAAGUUACCAGCUCCACUGCAAGCUGUAGCAUCUAGCGUAAGAUUACAUGAUCCUCCGCCGGAAGCGCCGGCACCGGAAUUACCGGAAACUCCUCCACACACCUCACACAUCACAGUAUCUCACCCAGGGGACCACAGUGUCUUUGCACCUGUCUUAAUAGGAGGUACAGGUCCGCCUCCAGGUUCACCAAGUCCUCUAAGCAUGUCAGGACUUUCGAUCAGUUCGCCGGGUAGCAGUCCUCAAUUGGGAUCGCCUGGUUACUUGCCUGUCCCUCAUCAUCAACCGCAAAAUAGUCACUUCGGCUUUAAUUCCGGUACGAUCGGUGUAAUGGGAGUUCUGACUGGUAUGUCAUCGUCGGGCGGCAGCCCUGGUGCAGCGAUGCCGCCACCACCAUCUCCUAGCCACGUACCUCCAAGUCAACCUCCGCCACCUUUACCGCCUAGAUCUCAUAGGAAACGAGAGAGUUCCAUAAGCGAGUCACCGCAACAGGCAAGACAAGCUCCAAAUGCACCAAUACUUCCUCCAAGGGACGGUACGUCUCCGCCGCCAUUGCCGCCGCGAAGAGAGCCCCCAGUUACGUUACCGCCUCGGCUUCCUACCUUGAAUCCAAGUAGUUCGGCACUGCUCGCAAGGCGGAAUUCUACCCUGGAAAAUACGUGCCCGAGCGCCGUUCAUGCACGGAGACAUAUGUCUUUCAAUGGGCCCAGUCCUACGAAACUUCCACCUACGCAACCUAAUGGAUCAGUAACGCCAAGACUACCACCGAAACCUUUACCAGGUCGGCCACCAACCACCAUGUUCAAUUUCAAUGCUCCUCCUGGACCUAGUUAA